AUGUCAGCGGCCGUUGGGUCGAACCACUCUCCAUACGCCUCGUUUCCGCAGCUUGCGGAGGCUGUCGGGGCGUCUUUCCCCACAUCUGCCAUCUCUAAGUCGUCGAGGAAAGGGCGACUUCGUCGCAACCGUUUACGGGACAGUUCUUGGGGGCUUGUGAUCCUGUCGGCGGUGGCGUCGAUUGCGGCAGUUGUGGUGUUAAUAUCCAUAUGCAGUAAAGCGCAGAUGAGGAACAAUGCCUUCCACUCUCACUCCCGCUUGCUGUCUGCUGGCGGGGGAUCCAAACGAGGAUUUGACCGCGUGUGUGACACGACGGCGGAUGAGGCAGACGCUUGGCUGGAUUCAGACGGUGAAGAUACUGACUCGGAGGAGCCAGUAGAGAAGAAACCCCGCCUCCCGGAAGAUGCAGGGGAGGAGGACGGAUCUUCGCAAGUAGUUGAGGGUCUUCAUGGCGCAGGUGGACUUGCCGGUUCCACAGCAGGACCCCAAGCUCAGGGGACCCCGCAGGACCAUUCCUCGCAUGAGCCUUCUUCAAAAAGUUCUUCCUCGGUUGCGUCUUCGGGGUGGACACUUGACGAGUUAGGUGCCGCCGCUGGACUGCUUCAGCUGGGAUUAGCGCCUGUUUACACGGUUCAUGUGGGUCAAGUUGUUGGAAAGUCCGGCAGAGUUCACCUCGAGCUGCAACCAAACCUCUGGUUGUACCUGGAGCUUUAG